AUGGAUUCUUUAUAUCCACGUCCACAGGGACUGCACACACUAUCCUCGGAUCAGGUUGACCUACGCCCUGACUCGGAGGUCGAUAUCGAUAUCCACCACCCUCGGCCUAUUUCAGACGAUAAAAAUGUAUGGUUCUUUUGGCAUUCCGGCUACGAAACCAUGCACCCUUACACAAAACGCAACAUCCGAGCAUGGCAUCGACGCUUCUCGAAGCAAGGAUGGGUAAUUCGUGUACUCAAUCUUUGCCCGGGCUCUGAGCUCAACGUCUCCAAUUUCCUCGAUACCAGCGACCCCGAAACAUUUCCUCGGGCCUUUACAGAGGGAACAAUCGCUGGCCACCACGCAGCCCAGCAUACCUCUGAUCUUGUACGAUUUCCAUUGCUAGUCAAGUAUGGUGGCAUCUAUGCUGAUGUGGGUCUUAUCAUGAUCGGGGAUCUCGAUCGCCUUUGGCAUGCGACCGUUGGAAACUCGGCUUCGCCUUACGAAGUUAUUUCAUUUAAAACUGAUGGCGUGGCCCUAACCAACUACUUCUUGGGAUCAAGUCGCAAUAACCCAUUUUUCCGACGUUGUCACCAACUCUUCAUGAAAUUGUGGGAGGGAAAAACUUCAACUGAGGGAAUGUGGAAUUCUCCUUUGCUGAAAGGUGUCCCUAUUUUACGAUCGCCCAAGGGAUUUGAGGAGAAUGGCAGAGAUAUCGACAUCGAGGAGGCCAGCAAGGUCCUCACGGACUACAUCAUUCAAGGGCAGGUAAUUUCAUUGGUCAUGGGUCUUGUUGACAUUGAAGGGAAGUGGAAUGGACCCGAAUAUUCCGCCAAAAGCAUCUACGCAAUGGACUAUAUGGUCGGGUCGCAAUUGAUCAAUGAAAUGACUGCUUGGGAUGGACCGCGGGCCUUCGAAUUGAUGUCACUCUCGCUGCCGUUAAAUGGGGAAAGAGAGUCUGAAGACCAAAGGAAAGCCAGAGAAAUUGUGGAAGCGUGUUUAAGCAAGAGCUUUGCAUUUAAGCUUGCGCAUGGACUGAUUCUGCGGGUGCUUGGAGACACUCUGGGUUCCCUCUGGAGAAGACAUGAGGGAUCCGACGAUGUUCCGCAUACAUACGCCCAUUGGCUCCGAUCAGGUGUCCUCAAAUGGGCACAAAGCGAGCUACCUCCCGCGAAGGAGUUUGGGACGUUCGAGCCAUACAAGACAGGAUUACUACUAGAGGAAUAG